GUGUCCCCCGGGGGCGGUGGAGGGAGCGCGGGGGCACCGGCGGCACGGGCGCCGCGGCACCGGCCGGCACAGGGUAGUGAGGGGUCCGCCCGGCCUCGGCCCCUGCCCCUGCCCCGGCCUGCUCCCGGGUCGGCCCCGCUGCGGCCUCGGCCCCGUCCCGGCGGCGCCAUGUGAUUUCUCUGCCUCAAAAUUUCACCAAGCUGAAAGUGUAUCAGUUGUGAUUGUACUUUGCAGAGAAAUGCAAGCCUCAAAGAGUGAAAAUACAAAAAAGGCAGAACCAUUCUACUGGCUUUCAGUGGCAAACCAGAAGACCUGUUCUGAGAUUAUAAAUGAAGCCAGAAAUGUUCUACGAACAGUAGAAACUCGAAGACCAUUUACACCUACAGAUGGUCAAAGGAAACUUUUUGGAUCUGGAUCCUUGCGAGGUCCUCAAAAUAGACCCCCUUCAGUUUUUAGUCUUCAUGCAUCCAGUUUUGAUUUGACUGAAUCAAGACCAGUGUCUGGUGUUCGUCUUAGUCCACUGGAUCAUAAACCAAUAUUAAUCACUUCUGCAAAAGAUGAAGAUUCUUCUGUUUUCCUUCCAAAACCUCCUGCUGAGGCUGCAGAGGUUAGAAAAGUCAGCACUGCUCGGGCAUGCUUAUGUAGAACAACUUCUCUGGGAAGUAUAUCUGAUCUUCCAGAUCAGAACAAAGAGAAGCUAGAUUCUGAGGAACCAGCUAUGAUGAUGAAUAAUCCUGGCAGAAGUAAUAAUAACUACUUAGCAGAGCAAAGGUUGUACACACCUGUUAAUGAUAAAAGUAGACAAUUAAUUUGUAAUGAUCGUCUCAGCGUAUCGGAGAGCGAAGACUUCAUGGAAGGGACAUCAGGAAAAUUUUCAUUUCAGCUGAGAGGAGAAAGUGACCAGAUGAAAAAGCCUGGCACAAAUUCAUCAUGGCCAAGGAGUUCAGGCUGGAAGAGAAGAGUAACAGGCUUAGAGGAUGAAACAAGAAUAAAUGAGUGGGAAGAGGAAGAAGUCUUUUGGCGUAUAAAGAUUCUGCCAAUUCUGCGUGAACUGAAAAAAAAAGACAAUAUAGAAAAUCUUUGUCUGGCUUGUACCAAGCUCUAUCAAGCAUUGAAUGAAGGAAAUAUGCUUGGAAAACAAUUUAAAAGAAGAAGUGAGCUUCUGAAGAUAUUAUAUAAACUUGUAGACAUUGAUUCAGAUCCACUUUGCCUGAAGCUGGCAAAGAUUAUUCUGACUAUGAAAGUGGAUGGAAAAAAUCUUCUUAGUGUUUGCAAGCUAGCAUUUAAAAUUUGCAGGAAUGAAAAAAAUGAUUACAUCGUUCAAAAUGAUAGAUUAUUGGAUUGUUUGUUGGAGGUUCUGAGAAAUGAAGAUCUACACAAAAACGACGAAGCUCUCCUCUAUUGUGUUGGAGCUAUAAAAUUCAUGUCUGGAAAUGCAGUACUCCUUAAUGAAAUGGUCAACAAAGGAGCUGUUGAAAUGUUGCUGCAAUUAAUGAAGCAGAUUAAUAACGUAAAAGAAAAUGACACGUAUUUCUCCAACUUGGGCCACUUAUUAGUCCAGCUGACAGCUACUCUGCGAAACCUGGCUGACUUGCCUCCGGCAAGGUGCCGACUCAUUUGCAGUGGUGCUGCCUCUGAGCUCUGUGUGGCGCUGGAGCAGCGUGUGAAUGAUCAGGAUGUCUGCACCUACAUCGUCAGGAUACUCAGCAAACUUUCUUCCUACAGUGACUUCUGUGCAGCUUUAGCAGACUGCUCCAGAUGUUACACCUUAUUUUUAGCCCUACUAAACAAACACCAGAAGCAGCAGGAUUUAGUUGUCCGUAUCGUCUUCAUUCUUGGUAAUUUAACAGCAAAGAAUAACCAGGCCCGUGAGCAAUUUUUUAAAGAAAAAGAAAGCGUUAACACCUUGACAUCAUUAUUCCAAACCUACUACGAACUUGAUUUGAAUGCACAGACAUGGUACCAUGAUAGAGAAGGAAAAGGAAAAAACCACCUAAAGCAUCCUUCAGAAGCAGAAGAUGUUAUGAUAAAACUGAUAAGAGUGCUGGCCAAUCUCUCGAUUCAUCCCAGUGUAGGAGCCACCCUGGCAGCUGCUCAUCGUGUUGUUGAAUUACUUGUUACAGUACUAGAAUACAAGUCCAUCGAUGACUGUGAAGAGCUGGUCAUCAAUGCUGCCACAACAAUCAACAAUUUGUCCUACUACCAAGUGGAGAGUUCUGUGGUUCAAGACAAGAAGCUGCACAUUGCUGAAAUGCUUUUGAAGCUGUUAAUGAGCGACAAUAUGGAUGGAGUUGUGGAGGCUGUCAGAGUCUUUGGCAACCUUUCCCAGUAUCAUGAGGUCUGUGACUUCAUCAUGCAGAAAAAGAUAUACAAGUUCAUGAUUGCUUUGCUUGAUUCCAAGAACCACGAUGUCUGUUUUUCUGCCUGUGGAGUUCUGCUCAAUCUCACAGUAGAUAAAAACAAAGGAGCUUUUCUGAUGGAAGAAGGAGGAAUUGGAAAGUUAGUUGACUGUUUGCAAGACUUUGGGCCGGCAGACUGGCAGCUGUCUUGUUUGAUAUGCAAAACCCUGUGGAACUACAGUGAAAACUUCACAAGUGCAGCCUCAUGCUUUGGAGGAGAUACCGACACGUUGCUGGUGCUGCUCACAUCACUUUUAGAUGAAAAGCUAGUGUUGGACUGCAGCCUCGAGAGAGAGGGAAGGGACUCCCACAAACUACAUUGGGAAAGAGAGUUCAAACCUGUGGCAGAGAAACUUCUUGAUAGAAUUCAAAGCCAUCACUCCUUUCUUCCAGCUGUGCCUAUUACUCCAUUGUACUCCUGAUGAAAUGCCUUUCCAACUAGAAACUGCAAAACACAGUAAUAAGCAGUAUUAAACAAGACCAGAGACUGCUGCCAGAGUGGCUGUUUCUGCUCGCUGCAUACCAUUAUCCCGAUGUAGUGUCGGUAAUGAAGCGGGAGUGGACCAUCCAUUUGCAGCAGAUAGUGCUGAGUUUUUAGAAAGCUUUCAAGAUACUGCGGGUGGAAAACCAUCACCAAGGUAACAUUGUCCAGUCUGCCCAGCGUGGCAAAAGAAUCUGCAAACAGCGUGUGCAUCGCGGCGUCUUCGUUUCCCACCUGAAUUGUCUGAUUGAACAGAAAGAGCAGUGAGCAAUAUUGUCCAAGUACCACCAAUAAAAUCGUAAAUAAAUGUAUUACCACAGCGCUCAGAGGCUCCGAGUGAAAGGAAUUAUAUUAUAAAUCUAUUAAUGGCAUUAGUGCACAUCAGGCACAUAAAAUCCUUUUAAUACCUCUCAUUUAGGAGGUCACAAAUGGUUAUAACAGCAAAAGAAGAUUUUUGGCUUUUGUCUUUCUCUAGUACAACACUGAUUUCUCAUUUUUAACUGUCUCACCUUCACUUUCCUGAACACCCAAGCUUGAUCUAACUUAGUUCGUUAUAACUAAAAUUUAAUUGAAUAAUCACUUUUACUAUGGAUAAAAGAGGAAAAGAGUAAAAAGCUAGCUAAAAUGACAAGAGAGAGAAAUAAAAGGAAAUUGAAACUUAAGAUUCUAAAAUUCCUAGAAAACUACAGGCAUAAUACUAACUUUUCCUCUGCUCCAAAUUCUCUUACCAGACAAUCAGGAGAGAAGCACCAGAAAUGCUCAGCCACAACACUCUGAAGCUUCUCAGAUUCUUCAGAAUGGUAGCAGCAGCUCAAGAAAAAGCAGUCUCAGAGCAGGGGGGCAGGUACCUUGUGGACCAGUAGGAAAUUACAUCCGGAUGUUCACAAGGAAACAGUAUUGGGUUUCUCUCAUGCUAGAUAGCAGUAUGGGAGGGGUCAUAACUAUUCCAAAGCUCCCCAAGGCUCUUACUGUUCUAGAACUGUAGCCAAAGUCUUCCCAGGACUGAAUGUGAUCACUACUGAAAAUGUUUUGCAGCUCAGCAGCUGUCCUGAAAGCAAAUGUGGGCUACUACUAAAAGGACGUUCCUUAAAAGCAUAAAGUUCACUAUGUACUUGAAAAUACUACCACACCUCCUUCUCAGGGAUGAAUCUGCUUGGUCCGUGUCCCAGUGGUCUAGGAAUUCUUAUUCCAAGUUCCUAGAAGAGAAAAUUACACCACCUUAGCAUUUAGUUAUAAACAACUUUUUAGCUGUGGUUGCAAGACAGAAGAGAGUUCUCCAUUCAGAGCUGGGCUUAUUUGGGUACUUGUGGUACUCUUACACAGGCACUUUUACUAGUACUGUUUGUACAAAUGCAGAUCAUUUUUUUAUACGAGUGCUUUAUAAUUAGCUGUGCUUGUUUACAGCGCACUGCCCCACUCCAGCAACAAAAAGUUCAACAACAAAGGCCCUGUCAAGUGAAGAAAACACAUACAAAUUUAUAUGCACAUGCAUACACACACACAUACACACACAAACACGCUACAGCCUGGUUCACAGAGAAUUCUGCAUAAAGCAUAUUUUGGCAGGGUGUCCAGGACAAGGAGUUCAGAACAUGCCGGCUGCUGUGUGGUUAUGCCACUGAUACAAAACGAGGCUGCUGUGUGUGCACAUCCGCAGUACACCAGCACACAACACUCUGUGCAUCUGUCAGGAAAUGAAACAGCUGUAACCCUAAUCAGAUUUCUUUUUCCCAACCUCAAAGAGCACUCAAACUGCUGAAAGUACCUGAUCUACAUUUGCAUCUGCUUUCUUUUCAAGACAGGAUAAAAAGCUAUUCACAUUUGGAGGGAAGGAGGGAGGGGAUUUUGCUCAAUCAGAACAGCAGCAGCCACGUCUUUGCACACACUUCUGUGGACGUGUUACCUUACAGGUAAGGGGGAGGUUGGAUACCCCCUGGCAGUUCACUCCUUGUCCUCUCCCUCAGCUAGAUAAAGCUUACUGACUGGCCUACAGCACUCUGGGCCCUUUGUGCAGCCAAGAAGCAAAUGCCUAAAAGACUUGGAUGCAUUUGUGCCCUGCCUGUUACAUCGUUCCCUUUGGAAGGGUGGGAGCCAUAUAUUCAAGGGCAGUCUCUGCAUUUAGAACAGAGCAGCCCUCAGAGAAGGCACAGCAGGGUCCAGGGGGCACAUACCAAAGCAGGACAUGGCCUCACCACACACAUUCACACAUGCCCACCUCCCUAUCGCUCCAGAGGCUCCCUCCGUCACAUGUGCAGCAUUUGUUGCAAACCAGCUCUCCUGAGGGGAUUACUCCCCAGCAAGCAGCUUGGCUUCCCCAGAAAAGAUGGGAGCCCUGCCACCCAGACCAGCUUCCUGCAGGGCAGCUGAUGACAUGGCACUCUUACAGAUGGAGGGAGACCUGGGAUUAAUGCAAAGGAUGGAGCUGAGUGCUAAACACUAGGUAUAUAUAAACUAAUGGUUUGGGCUCUUUAUCUGUUCCCUCUUUCCCAAUCGUCUUUGAGAAUAUAUCCAUUGCCUCCAUUCCAUAGCUCAAACCAUCCAUUUUGUGAUGAUAUCAACUCCAUCCAGGUUCUCAAGCGGAUUUUGAUGAAUAAAUAACCAUAUACUGAGCCAGUUCAGGCCACACAGAGCAGAGGGGCAUCUUCAGCUGGUUUAGGCCUCAAGAGUAGAUGAAGCCCCCAAAACUUCCUGCCAAAUGCAGUUUUUAACUUUGCUACAUUUUCCCCACAUAAAUAAAGGGUGUUAUAAACAUGAGAUGCUGGUUGCACUCACUUCUGCACUCUUUCUGUCUUUAGCUGAGGUUCCUAUUUGCAUGAGUUCACUGUACAAAAGCAAUUUUAUUAAUCAGUUACCGUUCCCUGAAUUUUCCCCUAAGAUUAAAAACCAGCUUCAGAGCCAGAAACAAUCAGUACAGGUCUAAGUGGCAACCAUCAAACUCUUCAGACUCUGACAGUCUCCUUAAAUCCUAAGUCAGAUGUCUUAAUUUCUCAAGUCUUAUUUGGAUGAAGUAAGAUCAAAGGGCAGCUCUCUACUAGUAGUCUUUUCACUUUUUCUCUGCAAUACAGCUUUUUCCUGCUGAGGGUCCCAACAUUCACAAGCAAAUUUUCCCUGUCAGCCAAGUAACGUCACUUGUAGGAUGGAAUUUAUUGCCACCUCUUCUCAAUGCGCUAGCAGAGCUUUUUAUUUCAGCUACAACUACACUAGCAAAUUAGAGAAACAUCUUACAUCUAAAUGACAGCAAGCAAAAAAAGUUUGUAAGCAUCAUUUAAAUUAGCAGCCUGUAAGCAGCAUUUCAUUUAGCAGAUGUCUGCAGGUGUCUGCCAGAUCAAGCACUCCAAGAAAAAUACCUUGAAGUUUAAUUCUUGAACAACUAUGUUUCAGUCUUUCCCUUUCCCAGAACAGUAGGAGGAAGAAAAAAAAACCCAAAAUUUAAGAACCUGAGAUGAGCAGGCUGCUAACAUAUUUUGCCUGGCAAUAUAAAAUACAUCACUAUCAACACACUUCAGUUUUUUAAAGCAGAGGUCAAACUUACGAUUACACUGCACAUAACAGGUUACACAUUACUUAACUCACCAAACACUCUGCAAAGUGACUGAAGAGGUUUUUUAAGGAUUAAAUAAGUUGCUUUGUUUUCACUGAGGAGAGGGAGCAUCCCCCUGAUUGAUACCAUGGCACCAACCCAGUCCUUGAGAAGCCUGGGCUCAAGUCUCUAUUCUGACAGAGAAGCUGCAAAGGGCUUGUGAAGAUGACCCUGUUUCCCAUCUGCAAAAGGGGGGUUUCUCCCAGAACGUGCUGAGAACAGAAGCAGCUUGUCAUAAGGUGCAUGCUUAAACACAGUCAUGAGACUUGUGUAAAAUCUGACCCGUUAGAAGCCUUUUGAAAACUUUUAUUCUUCAGUUAAAAGCUAUGGCAAACCUUUUAUACUGCCUUCCCCUCUUUUUCGGAAUUAGCAUUUAAUAAAGUUCUAGUACUUCAGAAAUAGCAGGGGUGCUCCCAGUAUAUCAACAUUUCAAAUACUAACACAGUAAUAAUUCUCAAAACAGUCCUAGUGAAUCUUCCCUUCAUUUUAAACAUAUUUCUAUGCUCCACAAUACCCUUCACUAAGCCUCCAUCUUCCAAAUACACUCAACUCAAGGAGUACCACUCUCCUUCUCUUUCAAAGGCAAGACCUGCAUCCUGACCAGAUACAUCACAUCUCUCUCCUGCACCUUCCUCCUCAAGCUCCACCUCACCUGGAGCACCAACAAGCACUUGGUAAAGCAGUCGAGGCCGGGAUGAGCAGCAGUUGGAAAAAAAACUAUAAUUAUUUUGGUUAUUACAAAAGUAUAAGCAACUUUCAUGUGAUUCCAGACCACUGAGUUGCACACCAAAGUGACCUACUUAGUGACGUGUUCUCUGCAUCAAACUUCUCCCAGCUCCUUUCCUCCUGUUUGUCAACCUCACCACACCACUUUCAUUCAGUUUAGAAACUCUGCAGCUGAACAGAGAUCCAAGCUCAGCAGAAAGCCAACCACAACUGAGGCUUUAGGUGCAAAUAAAUAAUAAUAAAAAUAAUAAUAAAUAAUAAUGAUGAUGCUGCAUCAGAGGCACUCCAUCUUCAAAGCCAGACCAUAAAACUCUGGUUUCUCCAAAGCUGAGGACCAAGGGUGGAACAGAUUUCACUUCCAACACCCAGAAACUCAAGCUAAUGGAGGGAGGUGGGCCUUGCCUGGUGGCAAUCCACUCCACUGCUCACCUGCCAUAUAAAUGCUGUAUUGUUUUGUUGGCAGAGACAACCCUGAAAAUCCCAGAAAAGCCUCCUCUUUCCCCUUAUGUAACGUAAUUUGUAUUUCUCUACAGCCACUCUUAUUAUUUCUAUGGGAACUAUGUUCAACAGGAACCUGGUGAAGUUCAUCAUCAUCAUCACCAUAUCAUCUGAGGAACUCAUCUCGUGUUUAGAAAAUGCAAGAUUCCUGCGAGGUAGGAAAAGUGAUCUCCCACUGAGGGAAAAAAACAACCCUGAGAAACAGAAAAGCUACACAUGUUACAGAAACUGCUACAGAAGACUGGUGGCUUGAGCUCCAGUCACGGGGUAAUGCUGUAACCAGCAGACUGAGGGCCUUUUCAGACACUUCUCAGCCAGGAAACGUUUUAUGCAAAUUCACACCAAGAAACAGCUCUUCAGACUGAGACAGAAAAGUUAAUGAGACAAGUCUGCAAACUUAAUUACAUACUUCCCAGUUACCAUUCUCUUUUACCAGUCUGGCCUAGUUAGCACAUCCAACUCCACAAGGACAACCAGACCAAAAAUCUGUACUGCAUGCACAUACAUGCUCAGAGAAGACCACUCUAAAGCCUCCAACACAUAUAAAUUCACACAACUGACAGCUUUUCUGUAUCUUACGACUGUCAGUCAAGUCCACUUUUUACUAACUUUUUAAAGUGUCUUGACAGGAAGAGCAUUCCUAUCAAAUUUAAGUAAAAGCUUGAGAUGGAAAAUUGAACAGCAGAUGUGUAGAAGAGGUUUAUAAAUAUUUAAAAGUACAACACACAUUACCUCUGCUAGUAAUAGAACAUCAUCUGCUUUGGCUCUGUCUCUUAAAAAUGUAAGUGAAGAAAAUAAAAAGUCACAGACUAAGCAGAUAUUCAGUACCAGAAAUUUCACCUAGAAAAGCACCUUCUGCAGCAGAGCUAAGCUACAAGCCAAGUCGCAAGGCCUCUGGAACAGGAACAGCUACCAAACCUUAGCUGCAGUUCUUCUUCCACAGGGUUCCUAAAUGCUUUUUCAGCAACCCUGUUGCUCCCUCACUACUGGUUCCUUGCAGCUAGAGGUCUGUCUCUUACCACAAAACCUCUCCCAAAACUCAAUGAUAGUUUUGUCUGAUGAGUUUGGGGACUGUUACCAAACUGCUAAUUUUCAGUCAUCCAGGAUUCAUGAGCUGAGCGCUAGCUAUGGCCCACAAUGCUCAGACUGCUUCCCGGGUGUUAGCAAAGUGAGUCAUUUUGCUCCCCUCAAGUAUAGUCAGUACCACUAUCAAAUGUUACAUCUCACAGGGAGACUUAUUUACGUACUUAUUUAGGCCUUCUCUAAAUGGCAAAGAGAACAUUUUAUCAUAGACAA